AUGUCAUCUUUCAACCGAAUCGCUGUUUAUGGCCAUCGCGGCUGGGGAAGCUCCCGAAUCGUGAAGGCAUUGAUCGCCUCCGGCGCGCCAGUCAGGGUACUGACCCGUCCUGGAUCAGAUGUAUCCAGCCUUCCAGAUGAUGUCGAGAAGGUCAAAGUAGAUGUCAACGAUGAGGAACGUCUAGUCGGCGCCCUCAAGGACAUAGACAUCGUCAUCUCACUUGUUGGUCAUGAGGGGGUUCAGAGACAGCAUGGCUUCGUAAAAGCCAUUCCGAAGACCAAUGUAAAGCUGUUCUCGCUAUCCGACUUGGCCGCCCGCUACGAUGAGCAGGGCAUGCGUAUCGCCGUCAACAAGAAUAAGGACGAGGUCGAGAGGGCGGCGAAGGCCGCAGGCAUCUCAACUACGGUUGUCCUCGUCGGAAACUUUGCAGAGUUUGCGCUGAACACGCUUGGCAUGGGUGUCGACAUAUCAGGGAAUCGACUCAUCAACUCCGCCAACAGCGCUGAGGCUAAAGUCAACUUGUGCACAAGAGACUACGUGGCGGCGGCCUAUGUGUCCAUCUUCACCAAGACGCCAAUUGCUCAAAUUCAAAAUCGGGCCAUAGCUUUGACAGAACUCUCACCCACAGGAGGAGACGUUGCAAAUGCGCUGAAGGAGAGGAACGGAGAGCCACCUCAAGUAUCUAACCACAGCCUGGAGAAGAUCAACAGAGAGAUUGAGGAUGGGCUUGCUUCAGGCAGUCUGUUUACCCUGUCGUGGUACUGUCGCAAAAUAUGGGGCACAGGCCAGCAGGCGCAGAUGGUUGGAACAGAUCUCUGGGAGGUCGAGGGGUACAAGAAGGCGACUUUGAAGGACUUGAUUGUGGAUGGAAAGCUUGAGCACUACCGCGAGAUGCCACCUCAAGUCAGAGAGUACUUUGACAGCUGUUUUUGA